AUGUCUGGAUUUACCUUUCAGAUCCACAUGAAAGUACCAUGGAGUCUGAAAGGUGGUGGAAUAACAAGCUUUACUAUGGUAGAAGAUGAGCUGCCUGUACUGCAUGAUGUGUUUUCGUCUGUCAUCCAGAGUGGUUGUCAGAAGGCCAGUUAUAUUGUACAGUUUCUUUGGUGUGAUCUGACAUCAGGUUUUGACUUGAUUGGCCCCCUUUUCCCUGUACCAAAAUCAAUGUAUGCAAACAUCUUACAGCAGUUCUUUAUGUUGUGUCUUAAAUCAUUCCAUGCAUAUGGCUGUCGGGUUUCCAUAGUCCUGUGGGAUGGAGCUUCAUCAAACCUAACACUUCUGAAGAUGUUGUGUGGCUGCCCUAGAGCUAUACUGCUUGUGAAUGAUGCCGCAGAAGAUUUAAGGGCGAGGUAUUUUGUUGACAUUUCAUUUGCCAAUCCUGAGGAUUCCAGUGGCAGUCCAGUGUUUGCAAUAAUCUGCCCGAGUCAUCAGUCAAAAGAUGACACGAGCAGAGUAAGGUCUCAGUCGCAAUGUACCUGGCCUAAAAUUUGCAUUUGUGUACAGAGACAAUUGGAUCCGUCUCAAUGUAAGACAAGCCAAGAUCAUGCAGGGUGCGGAAAACGCAGCUUUCUCUCUCGAGUCGCGGGUGGGGAGGAUGCACCGAGGCACUCGUGGCCCUGGCAGUUGUCCCUGCGAGUUCUCAGUCAAGAUGGAAGGCUGUUGCACAUCUGCGGCGGUUCCUUGAUCAGAGACGAAUGGGUUGUGACGGCAGAGCACUGUGUGGUGGACCAGGAUGAUAUUCCCCGGAAUCCCUCAUUUUACACCGUUAUUGUCGGUGCACACAAACGUCUCGGCACUCCAGAUGUGCAGCAGACAAUUAAAGUGAGAGCGCUCUUUUCCUACGAGGACUUCAGUAUGCAACAUCUAAAAAAUGACAUCGCUCUUCUCCACCUAAGCCAACCGGCCAAGCUGAGCGACAAAGUCAAUCCCGUCUGCCUUCCUGUCCAAGGAUCUGAAAUCUCAGCUGGCCACCGGUGCUACAUAACAGAAUGGGGUAUGACUGAAGGUGGAGGCAAUAUCGCAGACACCUUGCAACAGGCAAUGCUUCCCGUACAGAGCCGCAAUCGAUGUUCCAAAAGGUGGGGUAGAUUAGGGGCACCAAUUGACAAGAAAUCCAUGAUCUGUGCAGGGAGUGGUAAACCAGGAGAGGCAGGUGGUUCUCAAGGUGAUAGCGAUGGACCAUACGUAUGCGAGGAAAGUGGUAAAUGGGUUUUGCGUGGUGAUGUGAGCUGGGGUCAUCGCAUGUGCAGAACUGAUUUAUUUACUGUCUUUGCGCGAAUAAGCUCUUUCAGGGACUGGAUUGAUGCAAAACUUAAGGGUGACAGCGGUGGAUGCGGUUAG